UAGGCAGAGCGCCGCAUAACGCGAGCACGCGAGCAUGCGCACUGAUCGAGCCGGCGAUUGGCCAAACAAUGGCAUUAGCGGCGCGAGGGGGUGCGUUGUCCUCGGCGUGGCACUGUCCGAAAAAAAAUAAACCCAGCGCCAAAAUGUUUACACGUGGUCAGCGCUUGAAAAUGACCAACUGAACACGCAAGCGACCCCCGCUGCAUGCAUCAGCUGUGGGAUUUAUCCGAGAAGGAAGCGUUUCACAAGGGCGACUGACACCAAGCAGGUGUGUCCAGCUGUAAACAGACAUCUACAGGCAUCUCGCACACAGCCAUGAGAGAUAGGGGGUCCGGAGAGCUCACUGGUUUGGAGCUGGAGGGAGUGAUGGAGACGGAGGAGACCCCGGUGAACACGCUUGAGAGGUCAGCAGAGGAGGAGGGAACCAGCACCAGGAGGAAGAAGAAAAAGAAAAAGAAAGAGAUCAUCUACCGCUCUGACCUGGAGGUGGAGGAUGCUGGGGAGGGAACCUCUGCGGAUGUGGAUGGAGGCUUUAGCCCUCCACUUGAUGAAGAAGAAGAGGAUAUCCCUCCUGACAGCCGAUUCGUGACCCUGACUGGCACCAUCACGAGGGGAAAGCGGAAAGGCCAAAUGGUAGACAUCUAUAUGACGCUUACCGACAAAGAGCUGAGAGACAUGGCGCGCUCCAAAGAGCGUCUAGAUGCAGAGUGUGACGGGGUCGCGGAAGCCAAGCAAAAACCCUGUGCACUGGGGGUCAGCCAGGGCCCUCAUGUUCUCCUCUGGAGCCUUUCCUGCUCCCCGUUCAUCUUCCUUCUCUCCUUCAUCACGUCGUUUUACUACGGGACGCUCACCUGGUACAACGUCUUCCUGGUUUACAAUGAGGAACGCAGCUUUCUGCACAAGAUUACGGUGUGUCCCUUGCUCAUUCUGUUGUAUCCGGUGCUGAUCAUGGCGUUGUGUGUCUGUAUGGGGGUGUACGCCGCCGUGACCCAGCUGUCCUGGGUUUUUGGAGAGUGGUGGUUGGCGGUGAGGGACCUGGAGAAGGGCUUCUGUGGGUGGAUGUGUGGUAAGCUGGGGCUGGAGGACUGUGCCCCAUAUAAUGUAGUUGAGCUGCUGGACUCUGACACUCUGUCCGGGACCCUCCAGGCGAAGAGGAUGGAAGAUGUUGAGCACACUUCUACUUUGUGAUCUCGAAAAGAUUGAACUUUUUGAUUUAAGGAAUGUUCUGGGUUAAUACGACUUAAGUUCUUUUAAUGGCAUCUGUGGCAUGCUGAAGAUCGUUUUGACUUCGAGAUAGGUCUCCAGACUUUUCAGUCAAGAUUUUUCUUUUUAACAUAAAAAUGAGUCACAAUCACUUUGGACAGCAUUUAGCUUGCCGUCAAGCCAGAGCAUUGAUAUUAAGGGAUAAUUCACUCGAUAAUAACAAUUCUGCCAUGAUUUACUAACCCUUGUGUUGUUCCAAACAUUUUGAAGAACGUCGGUAACUAAACCAUUUUGGUUCCAAUCAACUUCAAUAAUGACAUGAAGGUGAAUAAGUGAUGACAGUUGUAAUUUUUGGGUGAGCUUGUCCUUUUAUUUUGCACAGUUUCAUUGACUUGUACACACUGCUAGGGAACCAUCCGUGAAACGCCUUGCAUUUUGGCAGUUUAUUGUAAAAUUUUAAGAAACUGAAAUAGUCAAGUUACUCUAAAAAAAGAUUCAGCGUAUUAUCUUUCCAUAUCGCAUUUAAAUAAUCACAAAAUAUCACAUAAGAAAUAAUUGUUUUAAUCUAUGCUAUAUAGACGAAUGACAAAAACACUGAUGUUGUUGAUGCAGUUACUCUUCACACUUAUCUAACUUUUAGAGCAUAAGUGAUUCAAUAAAGAGGUUUUCUCAUAUAUGUUUAUUAAAAUAAAAACUUUAGGGAUUAGAACUGCAGCCUUAAUCUGAAUCACUUGGUUCAGCCUGAGGUAAUGUUUUAUAUUCAGAGCAUUCGAGGUUAAUUCGGUUUCAUACUUCCAGGUUUUAUCCAAAGACUUACUUGCUUAGACUACAUUUUUUCCCAGAUAUAUAUCUUGUAAGACUAGGAUCAGUAACACUGGCUCUGAUAUGGUGAUUAAAGGCAACUUUAUGCUUCAAAGCAUUAGAUUCCUCUAUGCAGAAGAGUAGCAUAAAAUUAUUAAAUGUGUUUGUUUUUUUUAUGUACAGCAGUAAAGAAUCUGAUACUGAAACUAGAAGUAAAUGCCUUUCAUUUUUUGACAAUUUAUCAUGUGCUUUCUGUGUCGGACGUAUGCUACAUAUUUACCUUUGGCCUGGGUAAUACACAUUACACACGCUCUUUGAUGAUACUUGAUUAGCAGAAAAUGUUUCCCCUCUUGGUCCGAGCGACGUUUUCACUUGAAUCAACACCUCAGCAACGGCAACAUUUUACUCUCCAAGCAGGCAAAUGAACUUUUACACUUUGUGAUUUUACACUUUGUAUACUUUUUUUUAAAAAAAUAUAUGUAUUCUGUCCAUAUCCCAACACAUUGAAUUGUUGUGUUAGUGUUUGAAACAGUGCGGUGCUUUGUAUUUCUACGGGUGUAACAACAAUGGUGCUAUAAUAGUGUUCAACAAGGAUGUCAGCCAUUAAAAACCAGACUGUUUUCCACACAAGAAAAUGGCUCCGCUGUCCCAGAAAAUCAUUUGGCAUUUUAAAAAACCUUUUAAAAAGAAAUUGGCAGAUUACUGGACAGUACAUUUAUUUCAGAUGGGACAGUGUGUGGUUUUCAAAUUGCAUCUCAAAAAUUAAAACCAAGUAGACUUAAACUCUGAAGUAUGAUUUAUAACACUCAUCUCUUCUUCAUAUACCAUCGUUUUCGGCUAUAUCUGUUGUUUAUCUAGGCUUACUGUAACAUUACUAAAUACAAGCUUCCCAUGGUAACCCACCUGCUUUUUCACAAAGACUAUAGAGUCAAAAAUGUAUUAACGAAAUCUUCUGUAGUACACUUUUCUAGAUGUGCUUCACUAAAAUGCUCCUAGUGUGUGGGAAUCUUUUCACGAGAGGAAUGAUUUGUCAUUUGUUAAAAUUUUGGUCUGAUUUAAAGUCUAUAUAAAGCCGCAGAGAUCUAUGCAUCUGAUCUGAAUCACCUGGAGAAUGUUCACAAAUAUAUAAUCAAAAAGGGCUGUACUAAAAAAAGUAUGCGGUUAUUAAAAGCCCUCAAAUUGUAUCUUACCUGUAGAUGUGCAGCCUUUAGGUAAACUGACUUUUAAUUAAGCAAUUGCAAUCUUAGCUUCAUUCAGUUGCGCAAGAGAUUAUUGCUUUUCGUGUAUCUUUUGGGACUUUUCCAGCGCUCAUCAGGCUGCUCAUAUUACAAGACGUUGACCUGUUUUUACACAAACACUUGAACGACACGAAAUAGCCUAUUGUGUAUCAUAUGAAAUACUGUCUCCUGUUUAUCUGUAAACAUGGUUUCAAAGCACAAACUGUUUUUACAGCAUGAACUCUCAUAAUGUUUGGUUUCCACAAGUACGCACUUGCUGUGUUCCCCGUUUUCAACAAUUUGUAAUAAAGAAGAUUUCGU